AUGGUAAUGAUCCACAACAAAGCUAUUAUUGCCAUGUCGAUGAUGGUUCUUCGCAAAUCCCUUGGAUGGAUGCCACAUCGUCACUUCGCUUGUCAUUCUUCGUCGUCAAGAAGAAUGAGGACCACGUCGUCAUCCGUUGUGUCGGCACCUUUUACCUCGAUAUUGGAUCGUACCGUGGACCGAAACCGUGAUAUUGCCGUAUUCUCGACGACGACGACAAAAUAUGAUGAUGGAAAAGAGACGAAUGGGGAGAGCGACAUGGUGAAUGUGACUUUGGAAACAGCCUCCAAACAAACGUCAUUGAAAGUCCAAAAGGGAGAAGUUUUAAGGAGAGCCUUGCUUAGAAGAGGUGUCAGUCCGCACAAUGGUCGUGCGCGACUGAUCAAUUGCCGAGGAUUAGGCACUUGUGGAACCUGUGCUGUAGAAAUUGAAGGCAAUGAUGAUGCGAUCGUACCUGCUGAACGCAACACCAAGGAACGGUUGCGACUGAACUUUCCGCCCCAUGGAUCACCGGAUCAAUCGCCCAACUUGAGAUUGGCCUGUCAGGUGCAGGUAAAAGACGAUAUUGUGAUUCGCAAGAGAACUGGUUUCUGGGGACAAGAUACAGAUGAACUAGCGGAAGGGUACGACGCCGAAUUAUGGUUUGGGAACCUCGAAUACCUUUUGGACAGCAAGUCUCCACCGGACCAGAAGUAG